AUGGCCUCUAUACCCCAAAUGCCUUAUCGACGACCCUCUCGGCAGGGUUCUAGGCAGGCGUCGAUAGAUACGCGGGAUGAGAUACAGGUCCGCGUAGACCACUAUAUUGGAAUUGAUGUCGGGACUGGCAGUGCCCGCGCUUGUAUAAUCGAUAGCAAAGGCGAUAUUGUCGGCCUAGCCUCCGAGAACAUCGGUCUUUGGCAACCUCAACAAGGAUAUUAUGAACAAUCUACGAACGAUAUCUGGCGAUGCAUCUGUGUAGCUGUUCAGCGCGCAAUCAGCCAGCACAACAUUGACCCAGAGACCGUGAGGGGCAUUGGGUUCGAUGCGACAUGCUCGUUGUCGGUUUUUUCUAAUGUGACGAACGAACCGAUAUCCGUGACGGGUCCCAACUUCAACUCGGACCGCAAUGUGAUCCUCUGGCUCGACCAUCGCCCAGUGGAGGAAACCGAAAGAAUCAAUGCCACGAACCACAAUCUGCUCCGCUAUGUGGGCGGAAAGAUGUCCAUCGAGAUGGAGAUCCCCAAAGUUCUGUGGCUGAAAAACCAUAUGCCAAAAGAGCUCUUUGACCAGUGCAAAUUCUUUGACCUGGCUGAUGCCCUGACUUACAUUGCCACCGGCGCCGAGCAGAGAAGCUUCUGUAGUGUAGUCUGCAAGCAGGGAUAUGUUCCCGUCGGGGUGGACGGGAGCGUAAAAGGUUGGCAGGAAGACUUUUUGGAGGAGAUUGGUCUGAAGGACCUGUCAGAGGACGACUUUAAGCGAAUGGGCGGUGUCGACGGGGUGAAUGGCAACUAUCUUAGCGCUGGUGAAUUGGUUGGCACAUUGUGUGACAGAGCUGCCUCAGAGCUGGGUCUGCCCCCGGGGAUUGCAAUCGGCAGCGGCGUCAUCGAUGCCUAUGCAGGUUGGAUUGGCACCGUCGGCGCUAAGGUUGAUCUCGAGUCGGAACAGCUGAGCUCUGACGUCGCCAAGAACGAUAAAGCGCAGGCAUUCUCUCGAUUGGCCGCCGUCGCUGGAACAUCGACCUGCCAUCUUGCGAUGUCCCCUGAUCCAGUCUUUGUUCCUGGUGUCUGGGGGCCUUACCGCGAUACUAUUCAACCUGGAUAUUGGAUGGCUGAGGGUGGCCAGUCCGCAACCGGGGAGCUGCUCAAGCAUGUUAUCGAGACCCACCCCGCGUUCAAUCAGGCACUCUCGAUCGCCGAGUCGUACAACGCCAAUAUCUAUGAGUAUCUGAACGAGCAUCUUAGAGAAAUGGUUCAUGACCAGAAGGCUCCUAGUAUCUCUUAUCUAGGCCGACACGUUUUCUUCUAUGGCGAUCUUUGGGGCAACCGUUCCCCCAUUGCAGACUCUGCAAUGACAGGUUCUCUGAUUGGGAUGACGAGUGACAAGUCUGUGGAUGGCCUCGCCAUUCAUUACUAUGCCACGCUCGAAUUUAUCGCGCUACAAACCAGGCAAAUUGUGGAGACAAUGAACAAAGCAGGUCAUAGCCUCGCCUCCAUUUUCAUGUCGGGCUCUCAGUGCCAAAAUGACAUCUUGGUAAAACUGAUAGCAUCUGCCUGUGACAUGCCUGUGCUUAUACCUCGCUAUAUUCAUGCUGCUGUUUGCCAUGGUGCAGCCAUGCUGGGUGCCAAAGCCGCUAGUGCUGACGCAGAAGGCAAGACAGAAGAUCUGUGGUCUAUCAUGGACCGCAUGAGCAAACCGGGAAAGAAAGUCGUCCCAACUACGGAUAAGACGGAGAAGGCCUUGCUUGACGCCAAAUACAAGGUCUUCCUGGAGCAAUGUUACAAGCAGCAGGAGUACCGAGCUCUCGUAGACCAAGCCGUCGCCUCCUGGAAGUCCUAA